GCCGCUAUGGCGGAUGGCAGAAGAAGAAGAGGAGCGGCAGGUGCUAGGCGGGCAAGAAGGCAGAGAAGCGCACUAGACCCAAAAAGGGUCAGGGGAAUCGUGCUGCUGCGGAGGAGGAGGAGGAGGAGGAGGAGGAGGAGGAGGAGGAGGAGGAGGAGGAGGAGGAGGAGGAGGAGGAGGAGGAGGAGGAGGAGGAGGAGGAGGAGGAGGGGGAGGAGGAGGAGGAGGAGGAGGAGGAGGAGGAGUAAGGUGGAGGAGGAGGAGGAGGAGGAGUAAGGCAGAGGAGCAGGAGUAAGGGGAAGGCAGCAAUGUCC